AUGGAUAAAUUGUAAUAAUUAAUACAAUAACUUUUCUCUCUUUUAGAUGUGAAUUUCUUUCUUUCAAGAGAAUUUAAUAAAAUAUUUUCAACUCAUAAUAAUGUAGAACAAAUGGCUUAAGAUAAAUAAUAUAAAGAAUUAGCAUCUAAAUUAAUUGAAUUCAUAUUAUCUAUUCAUAAAUCUAAUUAACCUUCUUUAUUAUAAGAAAAAAUUGCAUAAACUCAUAGAUUAAUUAACAAUUAUCAAUCUUAAGUUAUACUUUAAUAACAAAAAGAAAUACCUUAAUUAAAUAAUUUGACUUAAAAAUAACUAACUACAGAAAGUUUUAAGAGUAAUUCUAUAACUCCAAGAGAAUAAUAAUCAAAUAAUAGAAAAACUACUAAAAAUUAAUCACUAACCGAUAAACGAUAAAUUUAAUAACAAAUUACCAGUUAAAAAAAUUAGAAGGGAAUCUAAAAUAGUGAUUCUUAAUAAAGGUUAUUUGUUGAACAUAUACCUAAAAUGGGAAGAUCCUUAAUUAAAGAUGAUUAAUAACGAAAUUUUAACAUCAUAACAGGAGUUUGA